CACUAUUAAGCUCGCUCUCCUCACCCCACUCCUCCGGCCCACGCUCGUACUCGCACAGAGACACACACACACACACACUCCUCCCUUCCCCCAUUAUUCCCCGCCGGCCACCGCGGCCGGCUCGCCGCCGGGGCGUGUCCAGCGUGAGGCGCGGCGGGCGAUGGGGCACGGUGCCAGCUGCGGCCGCCCCAGCGAGGAGGUGGACUUCUUCGGCGCGGCGCAGUCCGGGGACCUCGCCCGGCUCGCUGCCGCCGUCCGCUCCCGCCCCUCCCUCCUCCGCCGCACCACGCUCUUCGACCGCCUCUCCGCGCUCCACAUCGCCGCCGCCCACGGCCACCUCCAAGUGGUCUCCAUGGCAUUGGAUCUUUGCGUGCAGCCGGACGUCGUUAACCGCCACAAGCAGACGGCGCUGAUGCUGGCGGCGAUGCACGGGCGGACCGAGUGCGUGCGACGGCUGCUCGACGCCGGCGCCAAUAUCCUGAUGUUCGAUUCGUCGCACGGGCGGACGUGCCUGCACUACGCGGCGUACUACGGCCACUCCGACUGCCUCCGGACCAUCCUCUCGGCGGCCCGCACCGCGCCCGUGUCGCAGUCCUGGUGCAGGGGAUACGCGCGCUUCGUCAACGUGAGGGACGACACCGGGGCGACGCCGCUGCACCUCGCGGCCAGGCAGGGCUGGCGCCGCUGCGUCCACGUCCUGCUCGAGAACGGCGCCAUCGUGUCCGCCUCCAGCGGCGCAUUCGGAUUCCCCGGGAGCACGCCGCUGCAUUUGGCCGCGCGCGGCGGGAGCCUGGACUGCGUCCGCCAGCUGCUCUCCUGGGGCGCCGACCGCCUCCAGCGAGAUUCCGUUGGGAGGAUUCCGUACGAGGUCGCGAUGAAGCGAGGCCACGCGGCGUGCGCGGCGCUGCUGAACCCGGCAUCGGCAGAGCCCCUCGUGUGGCCUUCCCCUCUCAAGUUCAUCAGCGAGCUCGAACCGGACGCCAAAGCUCUCCUGGAGGCAGCGCUGAUGGAGGCCAAUCGGGAGAGGGAGAAGAGGGUUCUCAAAGGGACCAAGAGCUUGCUGCCAUCGCCGUCGCAUUCAGAUGACGGUGCCACCAUCUCUGAGGAUGCGGUGCAGGGUGCGGCCGAGGUGUGCAGCAUCUGCUUCGAGCAGGCGUGCAGCAUCGAGGUCCGGGAUUGCGGGCACCAGAUGUGCGCGGCGUGCACGCUGGCGCUCUGCUGCCACACCAAGCCCAACCCGGCGACGCAGAGCCAGCAGCUGCCCACCUGCCCCUUCUGCCGCGGCAGCAUCUCCCGGCUGGCCGUGGCCACCAAGGCCAAGGCCGGCGACGACGAAGACGACGACGACGAUGACGAUGUGGAAGGAGAGGACAGGCUCGAGGAGUCUCCGCGGCACCGGAGAACUCGCCGGUCUAUGAACCUCAGCGGCGACGGGGGCAGCAGCAGCGGCAGCCUCAUGGGCAGCAUCGCCUCGUCCAUCGGCAAGAUGGGCCGACGCAAAACCGACAGCAGCGAACAGGUAGUCGACGACAAGCCGUAGAAUGCUAGCUCUCUCGGCAUGGCAUUCAGACAUCAUAUUAAGCAAAGCGUCAUGAUACAUCAUCAUCGUCAAUGAGCUAGCAGGACAUGCUAUUUUUGUAGAUUAUAUCAUACUGCUACUACUAUAUUUUUGGGGAAUUAGAAAUUAAUUCCACUUGUGUAGAUUCGAUCCAACUUGCAUGUAGAGACUAGAUCUAAAUAAAGAAGCAGUCCGUCAUUGGUGGUAGUCCCAGUCCCCUUCUCUCCGUGGAGUUGUUGAAAUGCUGUACAUGUCCGGAUUCAGAGAUAAUGAGAACCCAGUACAAAUCCAUGUGACCCACUCUCAAUAUAAUUGGCCAUUGGCUGGGCUA